CGACGAAGGUGGGCAGCCCGCCGCCACCCGCGCCCUGACAACAACCGACCCUUGCCGCGAAAGGAAACGAUCGCCAAGAGGUGAUCGAAGGCCUUUCCCCAGAUUCGCGUUAUCCAUCCGCCGCUUUGCAGGCAUCGAAUGAAUCGCUACAAACUCUCAAUUAUUCUAGCCACCGGCCAGAUGUCCCCCAACUCGCAUGCAAACCCCUGAGCCCCCGAUAGCCCUAGGUACGGACAUAUGUUUACGAACGGAAAGGAGGAUGAACGGAGAACCAUACACCCGGCUAUCUUAUCAGUCGUGCUCUGCUUCAAGGAUGCUGUAACAUAAAUAGCCCGAGCUGUAGGGGGAUCGCGGAUUUCCACAUCCUGUGUUCUGCCUCAAUUCACCAUGACCGACUACGAGAGCAUCGCGAAGAGCGAGCGCGCCCGGCUUGACGCGUCCAUCCCCGCCAAUCUCCAUCUUCCAUCUGAGCUUCUCGCGAAUCUGCCCAAGGACGUAUCAGGAGUACCGGAGACCUGUGGGCUACUCACCGAGGAACAGAUCCGUAUCACGCGGUUCGAUGGCACCGCGCUCGCGCAGGAGAUCGCCUCAGGAAAGAUUACCGCAGUGGACGCGGUGACCGCCGUCGCAAGUCGCGCAGCGAUUGCGGAGCAGCUCACGCACCCCCUGACCGAGUUCUUCCUCGACGAAGCGCUUGAGCGCGCUCGUCAGCUAGACGAGAUCUACAGGACGACCGGGAAGACCGUCGGGCCUCUGCACGGAGUCCCAAUCUCCAUCAAGAGCCAGAUCGACGUCAAGGGGCAUGACGCGCCUUCGUCCUUCUCUUCAUGGGUCGGGAAGAUGGUGGCGAAAGAGGAUGCGGCACUCGUCGCGAUCCUGCGCGCAGCAGGCGCUGUGUUCUUUUGCACGACGAACAUGCCACAGACGAUCAUGCACCUCGAGACACACUCAUACAUGGCGCGUACUCUGAACCCGUACAACACCGCCCUCGCACCGGGCGGUUCCUCCGGGGGCGAGAGUUCCCUGGUAGCGAUGAAGGGCUCGAGCUUCGGGGUAGGCACUGACAUCGGUGGUUCCGUCCGCUCACCUGCUGCGGCCUGCGGGCUCUAUUCCCUGCGGCCAACCGCAUACCGCAUACCCUACGGGGGCAUCCACGCUUCGUGCAAGGGCGCGGAGGGCGUCAUAUCCGUCGCGGGGCCCCUCGCGCGGUCCGCGCGCGACGUCAAGCUGUUCAUGAAGACCAUUCUCUCCGCACAGCCAUGGCUCGAAGACCCGCUUAUUGUGCAGCUGCCGUGGCGGCCGGUCGACGAGACGCGGAAACUGCGCAUGGGAUAUAUGCUGAACGACGGGAAUGUGCACUUACAGCCCCCGCUCCGGCUCGCCCUCGAGAAGGUCGUCAACGUUCUGAAGGAGCGCGGCGCGGAGGUCGGCGUCGAGAUGGUGGAGUACACGCCGUGGGAGCACAGGGAGGGCCUCGACAUCGUGCGCAGCCUCUACUUCGCGGACGGCGCGAAGGACGUGAAGGGCAUCCUGGCCGCAAACGCCGAGCCACUCAAGCCGCUGACGGAGUGGGUGCUCUCAAACCCGCUCGUGCGCGAGCACACCGUGAACGAGCUCUGGGAGCUCUGCGCGCGGCGCGACGCGUACCGGACGGCGUACUCGAGGCACUGGAACAGCUUCAACAUUGACGUGCUUCUGUGUCCUGUGGGCCCUGGCCCAGCGCCCCGCCACGACACUGCCAAGUACUGGGGCUAUACUGCCCAAUGGAAUCUGCUCGAUUACCCCGCAGCAGUGUUUCCGACAGGUAUGCGGGCGACAGGCGCCGAACCCUUCGAUGAGGAUUUCCAGGCGUUCUGCGAGGACGACCAAAUCAAUCAUGAUGCAUACAAGCCCGAGUACUUCGAAAACGCACCGCUUUCGCUCCAGAUGGUGUCGAAGCGGUGGAAUGAUGAGCUCGUCGUGGAUGCCGUGACGCGUGUUGACCGCGUUCUGCGUGGCUCGCUAUAAGAGCGAUGCGGGAACGCCAGUGACCGACCCUAGGCUCAACUACAAGGUGUGGCUGACCCGGAUUCGACUAGGCAGGUUAGGCGGUGUAUGUCGGUGAAGGAAAAGCAGCGCAAUUACCUGGAGCAAUGCAGCAACGAAGAACGAUCACCAGAUGUAAUAGUAUGAACGAGCAGGGUUCUCACGUCUAGAAGUAAAUGCAGGGUGAAUUGCAGUCACUGCACUGGCCUGGACUCGGAGACUGGUACCAGCCCACUGCAUGGUCGUAUACAUAGUCAGGAAAACUCCGCUCGAGAUGCAACGAAUGAAAGAUGUGGAUGACCACGGUGGGGAGACUCCGGCACCAUUCGCAUCGAGGGGGCAGAGGAGACAGCAAUGGACAGGACCAAGUCCAAGUUCAAAACUUGAAGUGAGCG